CAAGACUGGGAAGGAGGCAGAGCGGUUUGCACGUACAACAUAGGCCUCUAGCCGAGCAACAAGCUGUACACUCCGGCAAUUCAGCGGCAAUCCGACAAUCCGCGGCGCGCGCGCUACUCAAGUCGUUCGGUCGGUUAGACUCAGGAGUUUUAGUUGGCUCGUGGAAGUGGACUUGGCAGGUUCUCCUCCUCCUCGUGAGUCUUGCAGUACCUCGCCUCGUCCAGAUCCAGAUCCAGAUCCAGAUCGAGAUCCAGAUCGGAGAUUGAGAUCAAGAUCCCGAGAUAUAAUAUUUUCGCGGUUCUGUGAUUAAACAGUUUGUGAAAAGAAAAAGAAAAAAAAAGAAAUGAUAGCCAAUUUUUUUGCUUCUACAUAAGUUCUGUGCAUCUGGUUUAAAAAGGAAUUCCCGUGGGAUUUAUUAACGCUGUAUAUGAGGUUCUGAAACGGCAGUGGAAGACACGAGUCGACGUUAUUUCUCUUUCCGAAAUUCUUUUCUUCCCAAAUUGCCAAACAUUCACUUCGGAGCGUAACCACCACUACGGAGAAUCAAAGUUCCGAUUGAACCACAGCGAUCGGGUGGUUGCAGGCGGAGGAGAAUCGAGAAGGAGGGAAAAGAAGAAUAAUAAACAAAAAAAAAAAACAGUGUAUACAAAUAAUCGUCGAUAAAUCGAAAGGCGACAAAAAAAAAAAAGAAAAAAAAAAAAUCUCAAUCGAAAAUGUCGAAAAUUAAUUUGAUCCCAGUGCGGCUAAUGGAUUUAUUUCUCAAUUUUAAUCGUUUCUGGCGAAGCUAAUCAAUGUUUCAAAUUUUAUUGAUUAAAUAGUAGCGAAUAAUAUCGCAGUAAAAAAAAUAUCGUUAGCUAGAUCAAUUGAUUUGUAAUUAAUGUAUGAAAAAUUUACGAAUUUGAGAGUGUAAAACGUGCAGUUGUUGGAUAGGCGGUAAAACGCGGAUAGAAAAUUGCAUAUUUUUAAUAAUCGAUGUACUUUGACACCGGAUCAAAUAAAAAUCUGCGCACGGUCGACUACCCUGUCUCUGAUCCGAACAAUCGUACGUAAAAGUUGUCGAUACAAUCCGCAAAGACUUGUCGAAAUAUGUCGCGUUUUUUGGCGCGUGCCGCGACGGGGGCGGCUUGCGUGGCCAUCGUACUUCUGGUCGCUUUGCUCGUCAUACUUUGGACGGGAGUGAAAUCCGGUAAUAUUUCAAGCGGUUUCAAGUACCUCGAAAUCGUCGACGGUAACGAGACCGUCUCCACACCGCGGGGGCACGAGGCCUACGACGAACCGGAAAGGGGCGAAAAGAGCGUAGAAAUUGUCGAACCGGAAAACGUCGCCUUCGAUGAUCGACUUCGGCAUCGCUUCGACGUGAAGAAAAAACCGACGUGGGAACGGCCCCAGAACAUCACGAACGAAGUUGUUCAAAGGUUCGGUCCAGCUCCGAUAAUCGAAGCUUUCGAUCGAGGACAACCUCCGGCGGCGCCCGCGGUCGUGGAACCGAAUAAAAAUUUUCGCGAAAACGACGGAGGCCGAUGGGAAAACGUCGAACACGUUUUACUGAAGAAAAUUCACCGCAACAUCUACGAGGACGACGCGGACGAUUCUAAGGCGUCGACGAGACAUCACACCGGGCAUUUCAGACACUCCAAGGAGGAGGUGUGGGACCCUCAUCCCCAGUACGAAUUCAGGGCGUUCGGAAGAAAUUUUCAUCUCCUAUUGUCGCACGACUCCAGCUUCAUCUCGCCGAACAUCAGAGUUACUCACGUAGGUGAAAACUCCACAAGGCGAGAACAUCCCGGACACCAACUCGGCUGUUUUUACAGCGGUACCGUCGACGGCGAUCCGAAAUCUAUAGUUUCCGUCAGUCUCUGCCACGGAAUGAGCGGCCACAUCCGCACUUCCGGCGGAAGUUAUUUGAUCGAACCGGCGGACAGGCGAAAAAUCAGCGGCAGCGCACCGCAGGAUUUGGAUCAACCGAUUCUACAUCUGAUUUACCACGCGUCCGCUACGCGCUCCAAUUCCAACAGCGUAAAUUUACCGGACGACAGAAGUCCGGACGGCAACGACUGCGCUCUGAUUGAUUCCAUCGGCGAUGACGAGGCACCGGAACUCCUUACCGAGGACACGUCGGGCGCGAAAAUUUACGUCGGCGAACAUCCAAGGGAACGUCGAUCAAUCACGGGCAAAACAUCGAUCGAUCAAUCGUUCGAAAUUGAAGAUGAUUUUCCCGAACGACGACGAAAGGAGCUCGGUGCAUUCGUCGGGCACAACGGGAUGAGGCCGUCGUUCGGACGGCAGAACAACAGAUACUUUCCGUCCGAGCGUCGGGAUUAUCCGAUUCAGAGGUACCGGGAAUCGGAUAUCGAGGAUCCCAUUUUAACUUGGAGACCGAGACGAGCCCUACCACAGGAAUAUUUCAUCGAAAUCAUGGUGGUGGCCGAUGCAAAGAUGGCGGAAUACCACGGCGAACAUCUCACCAGUUACAUAUUGGUCCUCAUGAGCACCGUGUCCCGAAUCUACAAGGACCCGUCCAUCGGCAAUCCCAUCAGCAUAGCCGUCGUCAAGAUAACCAACACCUCGGACACCUUCGGAAGGAAACAUCCGAACGGCGGUGGAAUAGCCGCGGACGAGAUGCUACAGAGAUUCUGUCUCUGGCAGAAGCACAACAACGACCCGGACGAGGCUUCGCCCGAACAUUACGACGCCGCUCUCCUCCUCACCAGAGAGAAUCUCUGUCACAACACGGCGGAAGGGAGAUGCGACACUCUUGGUCUGGCUGAACUCGGAAGGAUGUGCGUCCCGAAAGCCUCCUGCGCCAUCGUUCAGGACAACGGACUGGCCGCGGCGUUCACGAUAGCCCACGAAAUCGGCCACGUAUUGAGCAUGCCGCACGACGACGAUCCGAAAUGUCAGCAGUAUCGAGGUUUCACCCGCAUUCACAACGUUAUGUCGAGGAUGUUGGACGACAACACCUUCCCGUGGGAAUGGUCGAACUGCUCCCGCCACUACGUCACCGAAUUUCUAGAUUCGGGAUACGGAAAUUGUUUGCUGGACGAGCCGGACACCACGGUACAACCGUCUCUGGUUCAUCAACGUUUGCCCGGGGAGGAUUAUUCGGAAAAUACGCAAUGCGAAUUGGUGUUUGGGUCGGGCUCUAGAAUAUGCCCUUACAUGGUGAGUGAUGUGUGCAGGAGACUUUGGUGCACCGCGCCAGUUUGGGACCAGGAACAGCAGUGUCACACGCAGCACAUGCCGUGGGCCGACGGUACCGCCUGCGACCGGGGCAAAUGGUGUCAUCGGGGCGAGUGCGUUUCCCGACAAAAUCUUCCACCCGUAAACGGCCAAUGGGGUCCCUGGGGAGACUACGGGGAUUGCUCGAGAACCUGCGGCGGUGGUAUAAAAAAAAAGUAUCGCGAGUGCAACAAUCCGAGGCCACGGAACGGCGGCGAUUACUGUCUGGGGGCUAGCGUGAAGUACCGCAGUUGCGGCACCAAGGAGUGUCCCUCCAGCGAUCCGGAUUUCCGUGAGGAACAGUGUUCAAAAUUCAACAACAACAACAUGAACAUCAGAAAUUUGACGAGGAACGUCAAGUGGCACGCCAAAUACACGAGGAUCCCGCACAACGAUCGUUGCAGACUCUACUGUCAGGUCGACACCGAGCAGUAUUUCAUGCUUCGCGACAAGGUGGUGGACGGUACGCCAUGCGGACUCGACACGUUUCACAUAUGCGUGAACGGAAGGUGCAAACCGGCCGGUUGCGACCACGUGUUGAAUUCCAGCGCCGAAUUGGACACCUGCGGCGUAUGCAUGGGCGACAAUUCGUCCUGUCAGAGGAUUGCCGGUUCCUACAACGUCAGUAUGUACGGUUACAACAAGGUGACCAAAAUACCGGCCGGUAGCAGCUACAUCGACAUAAGACAACACGGAUGGAGGGGAUCGAACAACGACAGUAAUUAUCUGGCGCUGAAAAACGAACGUGGAGAUUACAUACUGAACGGACACUUCAUGGUCGCUCAUCACAAGAUCAUCGUACAACCCGGUCUCACUAUUGAGUACAGCGGACCCGAAUCCGUCAUAGAAAGACUGAACAGUUCCAGGCCGAUCAGCUUCGAUCUGACGGUCGAGAUACUGUCCGUUGGAAAUUUGUACCCUCCCCAAAUAUCGUACGAGUACACCGUACCGAAAAAUAUACUGACCAGUUACACGUGGGUGUUGAGCAACUGGUCGGGUUGCAACAGAGCCUGUCAAGGUACCAGUCAUCGAAAAGCGGAGUGCAGAAGUACCGUAAACAAGGAAGCCGUUCCCGACGAUUUUUGCCGAGCCGAAGAAAAACCGCGCGAACAGAGCAAGAUGUGUCACACUCAUUGCACCAUUGGGUGGCAAGUGAUCAGCGUGUCCGAGUGCUCGAAUCACUGCGGUCCUGGGAUUCGCACGGUUACGUCGCAGUGCGAACAGCGUCUGCAGAGCGGUUCCAGGCCGAUAAUAGCUCACGCUUGUUCGAAUUUGGAAAAACCGGCUGAAAUCGAAGCUUGCCUGGGACCCUGCGACGAGUCCCACUGGCUGUACGGCGAAUGGGGAACGUGCAGCGUGUCCUGCGGCGGUGGCGUUCAGACGCGAAGCGCAAAUUGCGUGGACUCCAACGAACGUCACGUUUCGGAAAAUAAAUGCAAUCCGCGGGAGAAGGUGCUCGAAAGACCAUGCGGGCAGGGAGCCUGUCCCAAAUGGACCCUCGGCGCCUGGACACCGUGCUCGGUUACCUGCGGUCUCGGCAAACGGGAACAGGUAUACUGGUGUCAGGUGGAAAAUCGCGUUGUACUGCCCCAAUAUUGCAGCAACAGUCCUCGUCCCGUGAACGUUCAAGUAUGCAACGAGGGUUCCUGUCCCAGCUGGGUGACCGGAGAGUGGAGUUCGUGUUCCGUCAGCUGCGGCGAGGGUAUAGCGAAGCGAAGAGUGUCGUGCAGGGACGCUAAGGGGUCGUUGAGUUCGGAUUGCAACAAUACGGAAAUGCCGUCGAACGUUACCACGUGCGCGCGUCCCCCCUGUCCGGUGCAGGCGGUAUCGUCGACCCCCAUCACCUACGUUUCGGACACCGACGAGUACCACAGACAUCGCGAUCGCGAGAUCGACACCAACAGGAUACUUCCGGAGACCAUCACCUCCUUUCAACCGGGUUACACCUGGCGCAUAGGUAGCUUCGGAGCGUGUUCGAAGCCGUGCGACGGCGGCGUUAAAAAACGAGCGGUGAGGUGCAGUUCGGCCGAAACGGGGAAAUCCGUCACCGAGAACUUUUGCGACAGAAGUCAAAAACCGCCGGCCGCCGUGCCCUGCAAUCGUCACGUCUGCCCGAGAUGGAACACCGGCGACUGGAGUCAGUGCGAUUCCGAAUGCGGUAACGGAUUUCAACACCGUCAAGUACGCUGCCAGAGCGAACGGGGCGAAAUUCUGCCUGACAACGAUUGUUCGGAGAGCGAGAAACCACCUCACGUCGAAAGAUGCUCGAAACAGCCUUGUGUCGUCCAAAGACUGCCGCCCAAGCAAUCUUACUCCUCGGACGUUCGAAAACCCUACAAAUGGAAAAUAUCGAACUGGACACCCUGUUCGAAAUCGUGCGGAAGCGGCACUAAGACACGCCGUGUGGAUUGCGUGUCGAACAACGGCGACGCCCAGGUAUCGGUAGACGAACAAGAAUGUCUGAGGCUCGAACGACGACCGAAAUCGCAGAGACCUUGUCAACGAGUACCUUGCGAUUUGACGUGGCAAGAAGGCGCCUGGUCCGAGUGUUCGGCGGAGUGCGGCAACGGGAUUCAAAGACGCGCCGUCAGCUGUCAUCACGUAAACAAAUACGGUUGGACGGAUCCCGCGGAAGCCGACGGUUGCAAGUUGAGCGAAAGACCGCCGACCGAACAAAUUUGCAAAUUGAGGGAAUGCGACGACGAGUUUCACUGGGCGACCGGCCCCUGGAAGAAGUGCUCAGCUCCAUGCGGACGCAAAGGUAGACAGGUGAGACGUUUGUUCUGCCAUCGUAAAGACGGUAGGAAAGUGUCGCAACGCAAUUGCCCGGUAAGAUUCCGACCGCCACGCAAACGUAAGUGUAACCAACGUCGAUGCGAGCCUAUGUCAUGUCUGGAGGUCAAAAGAAAAUUGAAAACAACCAAAGACGACGACUACGUGAUCAGCGUGGGUGGAAAACGUAUGUCGAUCUACUGUCACAACAUGACGGGUGAUCAACCCUUGGAAUACUUGACCCUUCCGUCCGGCGACCGCGAAAAUUUCGCCGAAGUUUACGACAAGAGAUUGCUGGAUCCGACCACUUGUCCGUUCAACGGGCAACGAAGCGAUUCCUGCCGAUGCGCCAACGACACGAGUUCCACUUCCGGUCAAACGAUGUUCAGAAGAAUACGUCUGAAUCCGACGAAUCUCAGAGUCGACGUCAACGAUUUCACGUUCUCGUGGUCAACGGGAUCCAAAAGAGUCGAGUUCGGCAAAGCCGGCGAUUGUUACAGCGCAGCUAAAUGUCCCCAAGGUCGUUUCAGCAUAAACUUGACGGGUACGCAAAUGCGUCUGUCGCCCGAUCUCUCCUGGGUAACGCAAGGGGUCAACGCGACGCGCCUGAUCAACAAAAUAAACCAACAGAAAGUCGUUGGAAAGUGCGGCGGUUACUGCGGCUUUUGCAAAUUGGAGACGGGGCUGAAACUCGACGUAUUACCUCCCUAGUCGAAGCGUGUUUUGGCUCUCCGAAGACUGCAGACGGCACGAGUGCCACAAAGGUAACGUACGCCGAACGAUACAAAUUUGGCGUAGUUGCUGCCUUUUUCAUCAUUGCCACACACACACACCCACACACCGAGUGCCUUCGAAACCCUCUAGCUUUUGCGCUGGGACCACUAGAAAAAAAAAAAAAAUCGGAAUUCAGCAAAGCGGCCUUCAUUUUCUUAUCGGAAUAAGUGAGAAAAUAAAUAUGUCAAUGACGAAACAGCAAGUCCCGCGAGUAAUAAUCGAUAGUAUUAAAUGAAUAUCCGUCGUCGAUCGUUCGUCCCGAUGAGAAACAAUCGUGACCAGGCUGCUGCACGCUGUCCUUAAUUAGUUGGGCAAUUUAACGGAGGGGGGGCUAUGCUGUUUCAAGAGUCAAGACUGAUUAUUUCUUACUUUAAAAAUCGUUUUGAACAAUAAAUCUGCCCAAUACUAUUCGAAUUCACAUGAUAUUGGUCCCAGAACAAGACGGAGUAAGUUAAACGAGGUAAUUUAUAGGGCCCAAUGCUAUUAUUGUGGAACACGUAAGCUAAGAUAUCGACUAAUUAAUUAUUCUAAGUCAUGUUCCGUACUAAGCCCACCUGUAUUAGACGUAGACUGUUACUAUUGGAACAUGAAGGCUUACCGCUAGAGAAAAUCAAAACGUGAUUUCUUCUUCUUUUCUUUUCUUUUCAUUUUCUUUAUUUUUUUUUUUUUGUUUUUUUUUUGUUCUUCUUUUCAAACUUUCACACCACGUCGUUCGUCAACUUUCCCAAUUAUCCGACGGACGAUACGUCGGUGCCGUACCGAUGAGAAGAAUUUUUAAAUAAUUUUAAAUACAUUUCGACCCUAUCUAUGAUGAAUGCGUCGUGAAAAGGAAAGUAAGAAAAAAAAGAACAAAUAAAACACGUGCCAAAAGAAAUUGGAAACUAUAUCGAAUAAUGGCAUAAUGAUGCCAUUUUUGUGAUUCCGUGGUCCAGAAAUUUUAUGAUAAUAUAUAAGUACGUUAUUAUAUCUAGAUAGAUUCGCAGAUAGAUUGUCUAUGGAUAUCCUUAACGAAGAUCAGUCUUUUGAAUAACGAAUCGAACGAUCAAUCGCGUUGUCGGGAAAUGAUAAUUUUUUUUUUUUUUCACCGGUAACAAAUCCAGAAUACUCAACGUUAGACAGAAAGAGAAUAGGAAAAAAAAAAAUAUAUUUUCGCCCUCAUCUAUCGAUGGACAAUUUGAUCUAACUAAUUACGACUAAACCCGAAUACGUGCUCUCUAAUGUGAAAAUUUAGAUUUUGCCAAUUUGCCGUCAGCAUAACGCACUGCCAUAAUUAUCUUCACGUCAUUUUAUUACUCACAAAAAAAAAAAAAAAACCAACAAAUAACAACUAUCGAAUAAAAUUUACGAUAAAUAAUAAAAAAAAAAUUUUAAACUACGUUGCAACGAUCGUCUAACAGCUUAUCCGGCUAUUGCAACCUAACGAUUAUUAUUUAGUGAAAAUAUUUUAUUCUAUUAUUACGUUAAUUUCGAUACAGUAUAAACGAGCACGUUUGAGAUAAAUGUGUUUUAAAAAGUAAGUUAAGUAGAGAUAAAAACUAACUUUACGGUUAACUAGUAAAUAAUUUUUAUUUUAUUUUACUUUUAUUUUUUUUUUUGUUUUAAACGUAAGAAAAACUACUAGCAUAAUUAUUUUAUCACGAUACGUCAAAUUUACCGUAUAAUUAUAGGACAGGCUUCUCUUUUAACAAAUUAACUUAUUACAUCGUCUAAUAAAAAAAUCUGUAAAUGUAAUGAUCGAUAUCAUCGUAUAGUAUGACUACUUGAAAUGAUCGCCAGUUACCGUUUCUAAAAUAUUCUACGACGAAUUUCUUACUUUCCGAUUGAAAACUGUUCAGAUAACGGAAAGAUAUUUUUCUACGUGUACAUAAAUUUUUAAAUAGUUAGAUAAAAGGACACUCAAUGAUAUUGUAGAUACAGUAAAUUCUAUAUUCACACGAUCGAGCAGAAAUUAUUAGCUAAGAAUACGUGUGAGAUUCUUACAGUUUUUUUCUUAAUAAAAAUUCACAACUGCCAUAUAAUGU